AUGAUGCAAUUUGAUUGUAGUGGUCUGGCUGAAGAAUGGGACCAAUCCGAACACAUCAGGGCUAGGCUUCGUGACGGACUGCCUUUAGCUGACAGCAUCCAGAAAUCCCGAGAUUCCUCAAUUGCCCAGUGCAUAAAGAAUGUGGACGUGCUGAACCCGCUACUGCACAAGUUCUACACCUGUGGCUUAAAGUUGCCGGAGAUCGAGCCACUGCGGGAGCAGGUUUCAAAGGUCUACUCUUUGUCUUCUAGGACCCCGUCUGAGGACAUUGUGGACGAUGAUGGGUGGGAGCUGAAGAAAAUGUUGCGUUUGCUAAAGCGCAAAGCCAACCGUGGAGAAGUGAGUACAGAAUUUGACUUUCAAGAACUCGUUCUCAUCAUUGCACCGCAACUCCAGGAUGCAGUGAAUGAAGCACGGUUCAAAGCAAAGGCUGGCCAUGUCAGUGAGGACGAUGAUGAAAGCCAAACUUCUGAAGAGUCUGAGAGCGAAGAGGCUGAGGGAGAGGACGCCCGCAGUGGGCCAGGAUCCACUGCUCCACCCGUCCCUGAGCCCAUGCCCGGGUCUCCUCCUGUGCCGCCAGUGGAAAUUGUCACUCCACCGCCGAAGCCCUCAGUUGCAGCUGAGACAACACCAAGCCCAGUAAGUGUGCCCACAGGAACAGCUCCUGUGGUGAACCCUGAUCAAGUGGACACGCAGCCUGUGAUGGUCAUGGACCUACCAACAGCACCAUCACCUCCGAAGGUCCCAUCGCCAGCUGAGGGCUCGUGCUCCGACUCUGAACUUUAUGACCAGGUGAUUACCCGCCGAGAUCAACUUGGGCACAAGAAGGACAAAAAGGACCAGGAACCACGUGGAAACCGUGGCCGGGGUCGGGGUCGUGGGGGUGCUCGUGCUGGUCGUGGACGAGGUCAUAAGCAACUUGCAGAGGAAGAUGAUGAUGGAGAAGAAUGUGAACAGCCACCAGCACGCACCAAGGGCAAGAAGACCAAGAAAUCCGAGUGCCAUGAAGAGAAACCCAGCAAGGCCAAGAAGACCCAGAAACACGCUCAGGCAGAGGAUGAUGACCAGGAGCCCAUGGAAGAGAAACCCGCCAAGGUGAAGAAGACCAAGAAGUCCACCAACACGGAGGACCCUGAACCCGAGGAGAACAUGGAAGAGAAGCCCACGAAGGUCAAGAAGACCAAGAAGCGUGGCCAGGCAGAUGAUGAUGACCAGGAGCCCAUGGAAGAGAAGCCCACGAAGGUCAAGAAAACCAAGAAGUCCACCAACACGGAGGACCCUGAGCCCGAGGAGAACAUGGAAGAGAAGCCCACGAAGGUCAAGAAGACCAAGAAGCGUGGCCAGGCAGAUGAUGAUGACCAGGAGCCCAUGGAAGAGAAGCCCACGAAGGUCAAGAAGACCAAGAAGUCCACCAACACGGAGGACCCUGAGCCCGAGGAGAACAUGGAAGAGAAGCCCACGAAGGUCAAGAAGACCAAGAAGUCCACCAACACGGAGGACCCUGAGCCCGAGGAGAACAUGGAAGAGAAGCCCACGAAGGUCAAGAAGACCAAGAAGCGUGGCCAGGCAGAUGAUGAUGACCAGGAGGCCAUGGAAGAGAAGCCCACGAAGGUCAAGAAAACCAAGAAGUCCACCAACACGGAGGACCCUGAGCCCGAGGAGAACAUGGAAGAGAAGCCCGCCAAGUCGCAGAAGAAACACAAGAGGAAGAAUGCCAUGCGAGAAAGUGAUGCUCCUGCACCUGCUGCCUCUUCCAGUUCCAGGCGAUCCCGUCGUUCGCAAAACAUGCAGUUUGUCGCUCCCCCCGAAGCCGAUCAAGCCCGUGCAAUCAAGAAGAAGGUCGAAUACCUCACCUCCUUUGUUUCCAAGAUUGACCAUGCCAAUUUGGAAACUGAUGAUCUGAAGUUCUAUAUCAAGGAGAACUUGACCAAUCAUUUUGGCCAUGAGCACCUGCCCUUGAACAUCUACUGGAGCCGUCGGGCAUGUGGGGUUCGUGUGAAAACUGUUGAUGGUGUGAACAAGGACCCCUUCACAUUCUCAUUCUCGAAGAGUGGCAACACUAAGUCUUUGCAGCUGGUGGUUUCCGUCGCAGCAGCGGCAUACUUGGUGCUACGGUUUUGA